AGACUGACUGACAAGAGUGCUCCCUUAUCCCCCCUGAACAUACCUGCACCCACUCGCUCUCCAGCUGCGCCCACUGUCAUGCAUUCACGCUUUGAUUUCCACCAUGGUGGCCGGGUCGUCGAAUUUGCGGCGGUAUGUGCGGCGGUGGAAGCGCCACGCCUCGUACGCCAGCAGGUAGGCUAUCGACAAAGCACCGCUCACCAGCAGGGCAUCCAUGGCGACUGAAUCCCAUAUCCAUGUGGCACCACAGAGAGACACGUGAGAUGAUGUGGAUCGGAUGGGUGUGUGUGGUGGGGUGUGGUGGGUGUAUGCGAUGCGACUGACUGACCUUUCCAGUCCUGUUGACCCCUCUUCAACUUGUCGUAUGCCUGUUUGGCCAGCGCAUGCACACAGCACAGGACAGGACAGGACGGGCAACUCAACUCAACUCACACACGUGAUGCUAGUCAAUUGUGAUGUGUCCUCAUUCAUCAAAUCAAUGCCUACGCAGUAUGCCAGCCCGGCCACUAGCGCAUGAAAGCACAAGACGAGACACAGAUGUCCUACAGACCUGCACACACACAGACACCCACACCAUGAGAUACAUACACACACCUCUGUUCCCAUCUGUGAGUGUCCUAUGAUAGAUACUUUGAUCUAACAGAGAUCCAGCAGCAGACGGCCGCCCCAAUGGUGACGCCCAGUGCAACGAAGAGGCUCAUCCAGGGCCGCCAUGGGCUGCGGUACACGUGUUCACUCUCAUACGCCUUUAUGCCGCGACUGAAUCAACACAACACAACACAGCACCCAUGAGUGCUCUCCGUCCUGUGUGCGCCCUCCCCUGCCCACCCAUUCACCUCUCUGAGGGAGUCCAGGAGACGUACGCGACGCUCCUACUUUUCCUCUGCCUCUUCCUGCGUCGCCUCCUGGGCUGAUCGGCAGCAUCUGCCCCACCCACCAUCUCGUCCUCUGCCUGUGGUGCAGGGGAUGUCCACUCGGCAUCAUUGGCUAAAGCAUACGGCGCUGCGUAAGGGAGAGUCGCAUUAGCGGCUUCACUGCCCUCUGUCAGCAGCUCCUUGCUGGUCGAGGACGGUGUCGUGUUGUUGGCUGCGCGUUGGUGCAGCGACCUUCGCAGCCGGCGGAUCGAGUCAACGCUCUCAAUCACCCUGACAAUUCAUAAAAGCAAGGGGACAACAUAACAUCCAUGCCAUGACCCAUGCCAUGCGCUCCCAUCCAAAUGCAUCUGAUCUGCGUGUGUGUCUGGUUGUGGAUGUGAUGUGGCGUGAUGUGAUGUAUGCUCUGUCUGCUGACUUGAUGGAUGGGAACAUUGCGGUGCCCGCAAACCAGUAGCCAGUGUACCCGGGAUACGCCUCGAGGGCCGCCCCCUCAUCCCGGCCGCUCACAGCCACGCCGUUGACGUCAUACACGGUGUCAGAUUGCGUGUCCUUGAUGAGCAGAAAGCCCUUGUCGUCCACAUCAGCGUCGUUGAGCUCGAAGAGCUUGCCGCCGCUGAGGAGGGCGCGUGUGAGUCUGAACUCCUCCUGGUGAAUGACCACAAUAUCGACGUCUGCCAGCUUGGCGUUGACCACACCCUCCUCGGCUAACACAUCAAGAGGGAACAGAAACCUAUGCGGAUCCACAGACAGACAGAGAGACAGACAGACAGAGGCCACCAGAAUCGCCGCCUCUUUCUUCUCUUCUGUGCAUCCACCAUCCACCCCCUCCCCGCUCACCACACGUCCCCAACACGCAGGUGCAGUGCCCUGCUCUUGGCUGGAUGAAGGUCAUAGGGGCUCCCUGAUGAUGGGUCGUAAGUCGUUGGGAACAUUAUCACACUGUUGGUGUCGUAACUGCCAUAGGGAUUCCGUGUGUAAUCGCGCGAGACCCCCGUAUCGAAGGAGAGCACUUGUGUGUGCGGGUGCAGCAAGCGCCAGACUCGCCAGCGGACCUCCGUUAUUGGCAGCAUCGUGAGCUUCGUGCCUUGCUUGGGCCCCUCCACUGCACAGGCCAUCAUCUGCACCCAGCUGCUCUCAGCUGACGACCGGUCGUACAUUAUCUGCAAUGUACAUAUCAGAUCAGAUCGGACACUGGGCUGGGCGGCUGGGAUUUCGUCCCCCUUCACCACCCCUUCUCAGUCGCUGACCGACCAGGUUGUUCUGGAAGAGCCGGCCGGAAACGCCCAUCUCGUUCCCGUCGACUGCCUCCAGAGCAAAGGCGACACCCGUGGCUACCAGCGGGCAAUACGUCACUGCAAAUCGCGUCCCAUUAGACGACCUGUCAUUGACAAUCUCGUGCCAGUUGAGGAUGCGCAGCGGGUAGGCCUUUGGCUCGCCAUCGACGGUCAUGCCAAGCACCCAGUCGUCGUCACUCACGGCCGCCUCGCCAGCAGGAGAGAAUUCUGGGCUGUCAAUUGACGGAAUCCCGUCUUUUCGUGGGCCUGUCAAGCAUUGCGAGCACACAGGCAAGAUGAGAUGCCAACAGAGCCUGCAGUGAUCUUGUGUGUACAGUGCUUGUGUGCUUCAUCCUAUUGCCUCAUUGCUGACCUCCCCUGACGAUGCCCUGCAGGUCGAUUUGGCAGCCGCCAGAUGAGAUCUGCGCCUCAAGCGGGCUGCAGAGAAGCAGCAGAGGAAGCGCCAAGGCUACAGGGAAAGAUCUCGUCAUUUUGUCG